UAUUGGCUACUAAGAAUGAGAUAUACCAGGUGGAGGACAAUGCAGAAUUUAAAGUACCAGAAAGGGGACAUGGUGAUGGGCCGCUGGCCAGGUAGCAACCUUUACUAUGAAGUCAAGGUGCUGGGCUUCAACACCAAAAGUCAGCUCUUCACAGUUAUCUACAAGGAUGGAACUGAACUGGAACUCAGGGAGCAGGACAUCAGGAGUUCUUUUGGCUUCCAGUCCGGUUCCCGCUCUCGUUCCCGUUCCCGUUCACCAGGCCGCCGUCGCAGCCGCUCCCGGUCCCCAGCAAGAACCCCACGGCGCUCAUCCUCACGUGCAGCAGCGGCCAUCGCCGCUGCAGCAAUAACGGAGACUGCACACUCAUCACGCAAAGAAACAAAGCUAAAGGACAUGGUUGAAGUCAGACUCCUUCCUCUGGCUGCUGAGAACAAUAGCAACAAUAACCUUGAUAAUAACACGGCUACGAGACUAAAUGAGAAGUCCGAGACAAACCUGGAGGCUGAGGAUGAGUCUGAGCUGAACCAGGGCCGAUACAAUUUGCGCCGCAGGAAGGAUGAGGUCAAACUUCAACAGCGAGUGAAGAAGGACCCCAUUGUUGGAAGACCACCUAUUGCAAAUACGUAUAGACCCCUGGACUUUGGUGGCAAGAUAGGAGCAUACUUCUGGCUGCUUUUUCUGCCAUCCUGGGUUCUAUUUGUGGUUCUACAAGUUAAUUUAAAGGACCCCAGCUUGGUCAACUUCCCUCCUCCUGUACCCCCUCUUGAAACUUUCUGGGAUGCACAGGCUCUGGGUUUUGUUGUCCUUUGGAUCUUAUUCCAGGCCAUCCUCUACAUCCUGCCUGUGGGAAAACUGAGCGAGGGCAUACCGCUGAGGUCUGGGGGGAGGCUAAAGUACAGAACUAAUGGUUUCUUUGCCAUUGUAAUGAGUGCGGCAGUGGUUGCAGUAGCAGUCCACCUGGGAGUUGACCUCACCUACAUCCACAGCCACUUCUUGCAACUUUCUGUGGCGGCCUUCCUCAUCUCCGUCCUGCUCAGUGUCUACUUGUAUGUCAGGUCUCUUGAUGCCGCCCCAGACCAACUGGCACUCGGAGGAAGCUCUGGCAAUGUGAUUUAUGACUUCUUCAAGGGACAUGAGCUCAAUCCUCGCAUCAAAGAUUUUGAUUUGAAAUUCUUCUUUGAGAUGCGUCCAGGUUUGAUUGGCUGGUGCUUGAUCAACUUUGCACUCGCACUGGCGGAGAUGAAGCAGCAGGGUCUGACCACUCCAUCUUAUGCUAUGAUCCUAGUCAACGUGUUCCAACUCCUCUAUGUGGUUGAUGGCCUCUGGAAUGAGGAGGCCAUCCUGACCACCAUGGAUCUGAUGCACGAUGGCUUUGGUUUUAUGCUGGCUUUUGGAGAUCUAGUAUGGGUCCCUUUUACCUAUACUCUACAGGCGUAUUAUCUGGUUAGCCACCCAAAUACACUGAGCCUUCCAGCUGUUGCCGCCAUCAUCUUUCUGAAAUUAUUUGGCUUCUACAUUUUCAGGAAAUCCAACUCUGAAAAGAAUACCUUCAGGAGAUGCCCAACAGACCCCAAAUUGUCACACAUGAAGACCAUCCCCACAGCAACAGGAAAUAGUCUUCUGGUGUCUGGUUGGUGGGGGGUCGUCCGCCACCCCAACUAUCUGGGUGACCUCCUCAUGGCUCUGGCCUGGUCGCUACCCUGUGGCUUCAGUCAUCUCCUGCCAUGGUAUUACAUGAUCUACUUUAUCAUCUUGCUCGUGCACCGGGACUCUCGUGACAUGAGCGAGUGCAGGAGGAAGUACGGCUCGGCAUGGGACGAAUACUGCCGAACAGUACGAUACCGGAUCAUCCCGUAUGUCUACUGAGGAGAUGCUGGACUCUUGUGAACUAAGGCCCGCUUUAACGCCUCGUUCUCGCUAAGCUCGCGCAUACUCAUUGUUUUGAAUGAUUUGCUUUGGCAUUUUAAAACCAAGAAGAAUUGGAAUGCUUUGAUUGUGGACCAUUGGAGCUGCAAAACAUUUCAAGUUUGACAUAGAAACCAGGAAGGACUUCUGUUGGCGUAGUGAACUUUUGCCUUCAUAAAUCAAUAGAAUGAGAGAAGAAUUUUAGAAUCUGACUCAAAGUAACAUCUUGUACAUACACAUUUGUUUUUACAUUUCUGGUAAAACAAAACCAAUGUCGUUGUUUUUCCUGCUCCAUUAUUUUUGGCUUGUAUAAAGCAGUCCUUCCUAAUGUAAUCAUACUACUAGUGUGUUUUGUGAAGGAACUAGGCUGUACAGCAAUGGCAGCUUUCUCAGGAUGUUUUUUUUUCAUAAAUGUACAUGGUUUUGACUUCUCGUAGGGUUUUUUUUAAACAGAUAUGUAGUUUUUGACUUGAAUUGUUUUACUUUCUCAAUGUUUUGGUGUUUUAUUUGUUUUAAAACCUCUAGGUCACUUGCAGUCCUAUGGCUGCGCCCACUCUGGUCCAAUUUGUAGCAGAAUACCAUCUAUUUUAGGAGUAUCCAAAGUCUAGACCAGGGAUCAAUUUCAACCAGCAGCUAGUUUUUUGUUUUCUGUCUGCCCAUGGCAUUGUAAAAUUUGAUUUAAUUUGUUUACAUCAAGUAAUUCAACAUAACAUUAAUAAUAAAAAGUUUUUUAAAAAAGAUAAAUAUAUAUACAUAUAUGACUAAGGAUGUACUGGUAUUUUUGGGACUGUAGGGGAGCAGUAUAUUUACAGCUGUUGUGUGCGCCGUUGUGCACUGCACUUUCUAAAGUAGAUGUUGUCACAUAUGCAUGAUUGAUUGAUUGAUUGAAAUUGUUAUUAGUAGAUUGCACAGUACAGUACAUAUUCCGUACAAUUGACAACUAAAUGGUAACACCGCAAUACUUUUUUCAACUUGUUUAAGUCUGGGUCCAUGAUAAUCAAUUCAUGGUACAAAUAUAUACUAUCAGCAUAAUACAGUCAUCACACAAGUUAAUCAUCAUAGUAUAUACAUUGAAUUAUUUACUAUCCGGGCGGUGGGAUGAGAAGCUUUGGAGAUCAGUACUUCAGUCAUCAAGAAUUGCAUCAACAGAGAAAUGGACAUUGAAACAGUGUAUAGCAGGAUAUGUACAGCGAGCAGAGAACAUAGUGAGUUCAGAUAGCAUAAGAACAAUUAUAUACAUUAAAAAUACAUUCGAUUAUUUACUUUAGGUUAUUUACAAUCCGGGGUGAUGGGAUGGAACGUAGGAGAUUAGUAAAGGGUAGAUGGCAGUAUUGUCCUGUUUAAGAGUGUCACAUGCUGUUUACGUUAGACAAACUGCCUUACGGUAGAGUGGUAGACGUAAACGUGACUGCUGUUAUGUUCUGUUUUGUUAUCUCGCUGGGCGGACGUUAAUGAAACUGCCCUAACGAUAAAGCCACAUAAGAAACCAAGAACUCGCCCUCGGUCAUUCUACAGUUAUGACGUCAUUGGGCAGACACGUCACUCAGGUCCUCAUGGAGCUGGAGGGGGCGUGGCGUCCAGCUCCGCCUGAAUUUUGGGAGAAAAUUUGUCCCGGGAGGUUUUCGGAGGAGGGGGGCUUAAUUUCAGGAGUCUCCCGGAAAAUCCGGGAGGGUUGGAAAGUAUGCCGUUACGUUUCAUCAACUGUACUCUUAGCGAUCUAGUAUUCCACUAAUAAUCCACUCAAAAAAGAGGACAUUUAAGUUAUUUUUAUAUAGAAGAAUGGUACAUACUGAUUACGCUCCAAUACGCCCGUGUGCAGCAUCAACAGAAAUAAUUCCUGUUGUUACAAAAUGCACACCCACCUAACAUGUUAGUUGAUUUGUUUGACACAUCAAUUUCCAGUUGUGUGUAAUAGCAAUAUAUAUAGAGAGAAACAGUCUCCACAAGAUGAUGACAUAACCUAACAGUGAGGAGUUUGGACACCCCGGAAUACAUGAUAAUGCCUCCUCUCUUCUAUUGCAUUAUUUAGUUAGGGGCAUUCAUGACAUUCUUUUUUAGCUUUUGUAAUCUUACAGUUGCAACCUUUUUAAGCUUUAAUGCCAUGUUAAUAAUGACACAUUUAUACUGUGACAGCAUGCAGAUUGUUUAUUUGCAAUAGCAUUGUCAGUAUUCGCAAGUUAAGUGUAGCAACACGAAGAACAUUUUCAAUUAGACAUGUACAUAGUUUUGCUUUUUUCAGGAACAGGAUAUUCUAGUGGUUGUAAUGAUCCUUUAUAGAUAUUUAAUGUUUUUUUUAAGUUAAUUUGAACCAUUGUAGUUUUAUUACAGCUACUGUAUACAGCUUAAUCUGCCAUAUUUCUGCUCUGUAUUGAAACAAAUUGUACAUUAUUCUUGAUAAACAAAGCAAUAAAACAUUCCAAUUGUGUUUAAAAAA